AAAUGUGGUGACUAAAUUAAUUUUAAUCAUUGUAUUAAUAAUAUAGGUACCUAUACUAAUUAUAAAUGAUGCGUUAGUGAAUUUUUCUGCAGUUUUCUUAUCUAACGCUAAGAAUACACAGCAGUCGAUAUGAAAAACAUGGGGCUUUUCAAUGUUGUUCUGGUGUUGUUUGUUGCCAUGCUUUGUGUCAUGAUGACCUCUGCAGCUCCAGCUCCAGCACCUGUUCCGCAUCCAAAUCCUAACCCACAAUAUUUAGCCUAUGGAGCAUAUGGAUACCCUGUGUCUUAUUCGUAUGGUUACUGGCCAUCUUAUGGAUACGCCUACGCAUCUCCAUAUUAUUACAUUUAGGUUAUAAGAAAACAAAGUCCAGGUUCAAGUGUUUUAUAUUUGAUAAAUAAUGUAGUAAUCUUACAUAUCGAAUAACAUAAGAAUAAUAUGUAACAAUUUCUCCAGUUGUCUGAAAAAAUAUUUUAUUUUUUAUUUUGUUAAACAUGUUAUAAAAAUCCGAAUUUGUGAUAAAAUAUUUAUCGAUA